AUGUUGUCGUCAAUUCCUCUCCGGGCUUCGAGGACAUCGCUCCUCCGUGUUGCGCGACAGCAACCCGCCCUCCGACGCACUUUCAUCACUCCCACAGCUGUUCGACAAGCCGAUCUCGUUCAAGACUUGUACCUUCGCGAAUUGAAGAGCUACAAGAUCCCCCAAGUCAAAGCUUCCGAUGCCGAGGGUCACGUUCAGAAAUUUUCCAUCCCGAAGGCACCUGCAUCACCAGAAGAGAGCAAUAUUGCAAAUGAGCUAAAGGACUACGAGACACAGCAAGUCGAAGUGGAAGGUGCUGCUUCAACAGAGGGUGGAGCCGCACCAGUUGAGGAGGAUUGGUUCGAAGAGGAGCCGGAAGAGGAGGAAGCUCAUCAUUAGAUGACAACCGUCACAUCAUAUCGGCCCUGUAAAAUCCUAUUAUAUGUUGUGUCAAUAGAAGCAUCAAAGCGUUUGCGCUCAAACCCAGAUACCGUCACUCACAGUAGCGACCUGCCACUCACCAACAGGCUGUCAUCCAUUCGUAUCUUCGUCUAGCAUUUGAAUCAAAAUCCGAGAGAUAAAAUAGCAUCUAUGAAACAUAUUC